AUGGAAGGACCAGCUACGGAUGAAUUAAGUGAAUUUACUACUGAAGAGGAAGAAGUCACUGAUGAAGUGACUGAAGGUGUUACCGAUGGUGCUGACUACAACAAUUAUGACGAUGAUGACGACGACGAUGAUGAUGAUGACGACGAUGAUGAUGACGAUGAUGAUGAUGACGAUGAUGAUGACGACGACGAUGAUGAUGACGAUGAUGAUGAUGACGAUGAUGAUGAUGACGACGACGAUGAUAAAAAGGGAAAGCACAGUAAACGACCUUGA